AUGAUUCAAAACAUUGUCUUGUUGGCAACAUUCCUUCAACUAACCAAAGUGACAUUGGUCCACACCGCGAAACAGCAUGUUCAGCUAUCCGAUUCGUAUCUACCAGUGGCGAUGCAAGUGAUAGCUCAUCUCACAGACCAAAUGGCAUACGAGGUUAAAGAUGAGCCACAGCCAACCACUAAACCUCCGAAGGCAACCACUAAAGCGCCUAAGCCGACCAUCAAACCCACCAAGGCUCCUUGGAAACCGACAAGUAAACCACAGCUAGAUAUCACAACGCCACAUCAUAAUCCUGGUUUGUACGCUCCAUUCGCACCGCCAAAACAAAACGAAAGACAAAUAGCCAAAACCCAAUUUGUGCUACUUCCAUUGGAAAGUAAUUCUGAAUACACCGUGAUUCAACCGCCAGAACGGAAGACUGAAGAACCAUUACUUUCCAUACACAAUGAAGAAGUUAAACCUUUGAUGGAGCCAAGUCCUGAAGAAAUGCCAUUGCUUCCACCGCACUUCGAUGCUGAUAAAAUAUCGAGAUCUGAUAUUUUGAACAUUGACGAGGAUUUAAAUGACGAUGGGUUACAGUAUUUAUCGCAUACAGUUAGGGAAAUGAUAAGAAUGGCGAAUGAUGAUAAUGAUGAGAGGGUAGUGGAUGUAUGGGAAGGGCUAAGAUCAGGACCGGAGCCAACACAGAAGGUGAAACUGUCAGGUUCGAAUCUGAGGCUUCUGCUGUUGUAUGAUUUAUUAAGCAGGGAGGCGAAGAGACAACGUCUCUCAGACUAUGGUGGCUUCUCCCCAGAUGUGAUGAAGAACCUAGUGGACUCGUCUAGUGGUAGUGCGCGCGAUCAACUUAAGAUGGCGCUCUCCAAAAUGGUGGACCGACGCGACUGCGAACACCAGUACGCGAAUAACCGCGCACGCGAAAUGGUUUCAGAAUUGGAGCGCGAUGAGUCAGCCCUAUCGUCUGAAUUGAGAUAUUUACAACCUCUAAAUUAUGUCAAUUAA